GCGCAUCGAUUCCCUUUAAAGAAAAGCGCGUACCCACUUCCCUGCUCCAGCGCACAUUCAGAUUACCUUCCCGCCGCCAGCAAGAAGCAACAUAACUAAUAUUUUCUGGUGCACUCCAGGAAGAAAGGAUGAGAACCUGUUUGGUUUUGGCGAUCUUGUCCUUCCUUGUGACUCUUCGAUCGUGUCGGUCCAACUGCGAAGAGCUGGAGCCUCAGGAUUCAGUUUCAGAGGAAAGCCUGAACAUCGACAGCCUUCCCCGUGAUUUCCUGAAGAGGUACAAUGACAUUGAUUACGACAGUUUUGUGGGCCUUAUGGGCAGAAGAAGUGCUGGUACAAAUAAUUUACCUCCACUUAAAAGAGAUAUGGAUGAUAUCUUUGUGGGGCUGAUGGGCCGAAGGAGUUCAGAAUCCAGCCACCUGCGUCCCUGGAGAAAGGAGGACUACCCACAGAUGAAAGGAAGCAUUUUCUUCAACAAGAAUAAACUGAGGUUUCGGCGUGGUGCAUAG